CAAAUCUCUGCAGUAUUUGUGCACCUGACACGUUUAAAGCCGUGUCCUCAGAACAAAUUAACAUUAACCUUUCUGCUUUCACCCUACGCAAAAUGAGAAAUAAUUUAGCCGUUUCUUAAUUAUCGUCGUCUGACCUCAAGCAUCCUCAGACUGGUGUAGGCAGUGCCGUCUGCGCAUGUUCAGUCUGUAUUAUAACAAGAUCAGACGCGCCGCUCAGUCUCUUCAGCACCGCUUCAGUAUCCGAGAACACGCACAGCUUUGCAGUCACAUUGGCACUUUAAAUAAAGCAAUCAGCCAUGGGAAAGGAGAAGCUCCACAUCAAUAUUGUGGUUAUAGGCCAUGUGGACUCUGGAAAGUCCACUACGACUGGCCACCUCAUCUACAAAUGCGGUGGGAUCGACAAGAGGACCAUUGAGAAGUUUGAGAAAGAGGCUGCAGAGAUGGGAAAGGGUUCCUUUAAGUACGCCUGGGUGCUGGACAAGCUCAAAGCAGAAAGAGAGAGAGGAAUCACUAUUGACAUCUCCUUGUGGAAGUUUGAGACCAGCAAAUACUACGUCACCAUCAUUGAUGCUCCAGGACACAGAGACUUCAUCAAAAACAUGAUCACCGGAACCUCACAGGCGGAUUGUGCUGUGCUGAUCGUGGCGGCUGGUGUUGGUGAGUUUGAGGCUGGCAUCUCGAAGAACGGCCAGACCAGAGAACACGCUCUUCUGGCUUACACACUGGGUGUAAAGCAGCUCAUUGUGGGUGUCAACAAGAUGGAUUCCACUGAACCCAGUUACAGCCAGAAGCGUUAUGAGGAAAUUGUGAAGGAAGUCAGCACCUACAUCAAGAAGAUUGGCUAUAAUCCUGACACUGUGGCAUUUGUGCCCAUCUCUGGGUGGAAUGGAGACAACAUGCUUGAGGCCAGUCCCAAUAUGAGUUGGUUCAAAGGUUGGAAGAUUACCCGCAAGGAAGGAAAUGCAGCCGGGACCACCCUAUUGGAAGCUUUGGAUGCCAUUCAGCCUCCAACACGUCCAACUGACAAACCUCUGCGCCUGCCUCUUCAGGACGUUUACAAGAUUGGAGGUAUCGGAACCGUCCCUGUGGGCCGUGUGGAGACCGGUAUUUUGAAGCCAGGUAUGGUGGUCACCUUUGCACCAGUUAACGUGACAACUGAAGUCAAGUCUGUGGAAAUGCAUCACGAGGCUCUUUCUGAGGCGCUGCCCGGGGACAAUGUUGGCUUCAAUGUUAAGAAUGUGUCUGUCAAGGACAUCCGUCGUGGCAACGUUGCUGGAGACAGCAAAAAUGACCCGCCGCAAGAGGCUGCCAAUUUCACUGCUCAAGUGAUCAUCUUGAACCACCCAGGGCAGAUCAGUGCUGGUUAUGCCCCUGUGCUGGAUUGCCACACUGCCCAUAUUGCCUGCAAGUUUGCGGAGCUGAAAGAAAAGAUCGAUCGUCGUUCUGGAAAGAAGCUUGAAGACAACCCCAAGAGCUUGAAGUCUGGAGACGCAGCCAUUGUGGAAAUGAUCCCUGGAAAGCCCAUGUGUGUGGAAAGUUUCUCCGAGUAUCCUCCUUUGGGUCGUUUUGCGGUGCGUGACAUGCGUCAGACGGUUGCGGUGGGAGUGAUAAAAGGAGUGGAGAAGAAGACCGCGACAAGCGGAAAGGUCACCAAAUCUGCCCAGAAAGCCCAGAAGGCCAAAUGAAUGUUGUGUUUGACUGCCAACUCCAGAGACACAUAUGGAAAAGCAGAGGUCAUUCAGCUCUUCUAUCCUAUUGGCUGUUUAGGUUCCAUAGUCAGAGACUGCUUAAUAGUUCCAAUGCAUCGCAAAAGUAUCAGAAGGAAAAAAAACCAAUAGCAAAAGCAGUCCUUUAGAUAACUCGACUUUGUAUGUUAACUCGUAAGUCUUCAACCCAUGCAUUGUUUAAUAGCGUUUUAAUAGUUGUGCUCUUCUCUUCGAUGAUGGCUGUCCAAACCAUAUGUGAUUUUUAAAAUCUUGAGAGGUCUGACCUCUCCUUCUCUGGAGUGCAGUUUUAGCCUGGUUCUCACAAUGUUGUCUUCGCUUGUUUUAGUGCUUGUUUGCAGAAAACCAUGUGUUCAGUAUCCACUGGUGGUGAGCUACUUAAACGACACUAUUUAGUAGACUUUGAGAACCUGUAUGUGUAGCUUUGCAGAACAAAGAAAAUAUUGAAAAAAUAAAUAAAACUAAGCUCUUUAUCGGCCCAGUUCUGGGUUCAUGCAAUCAUCAGUGCACUGACAGCUUUAUGUUUAGCACUUUGACUGGCGUAGGCUAACCCUGCACAAGCACUUGUUGACUUUAAUUGGCAUUAGCUACUGCACCUUACUCUUAAAAAAUAAAAGCUUUCAUGUCAUAUUAAAGAUGUCUCAACCAUAA